AUGCUUCACGCUAUCUCUUUCUUCAGCUUACUGUCCAGUGUGGCAGUAGCCGCAUCCGUACCAGACCACUCCCUCUUCGGUCGCAGCAUAGACACCCUUACCAAACGCGCAACCUGCACUCCCACCUCCGCAGGCAGUGCAUCCACUGACGACGUCCCCGCCAUCGAAGCAGCCUUCAAAUCCUGCGGCUCCGGCGGCACCAUCAUCAUCCCCGCUGGGAAAACCUACAUGAUCCGCAGCACGCUCGACUUUACAGGCUGCGCCAACUGCGAUUUCCAAGUCGAAGGCACCUUGAAAGCUUCAGAUGACACGGCCUUCUGGAACGGCGUGGGUGCGAUUAUUUCUGUCAGUGGUAUUACGGGCGCGAAGAUCCGCAGCUUGACAGGCACCGGUGUCAUCGAUGGAAAUGGCCAAGCGAGCUACGAUAAGUUUGCGAGUGAUUCGAGCUAUAAGAGGCCGAAGUUGUUGAACAUAGCGGGGAAGUCGACGAAUAUCGCAGUUUCGAACCUGCGGUUUAAGAACCCGCCUUCGUUCUUCAUAACCAAUAAUGGAGAUAGUUCGCAUAUCUCAUAUGAGAGCCUCUACCUCACUGCGGAAUCUAAGUCCAGCAACCCCGCCAAAAACACCGACGGUAUUGAUGUCGGUCCCGCGACGUACACCACCCUCAAGAACAUCACUAUCUCCAACACAGAUGACUGCGUGGCUUUCAAGCCCGGUGCAGACUACGUCACCGUCGACACUAUCCACUGCAAAGGCUCGCACGGCCUCUCUGUCGGUUCGCUCGGCGGUAGCGCAGGGAAAACCGAUACAGUCUCCAACAUCUACGUGACUAAUGCCAUCAUGGAGGGCGCGACCAAAGCCGUGGGUAUCAAAGUCUAUCCAGGAGGUUCUUCGUACGGCAGCGCCGUUGUAAAGAACGUGACGUACGACGGCGUAACCGUUACAUCGAGCGAUUAUGCGGCGCAGAUCCAGUCCUGCUAUAACGAAGAUGCGUCGUACUGUUCGACGAAUCCCUCGACUGCACAGAUUACGGAUGUGUACUUUAAGAACUUCAAGGGGACUACGAGCUCUAAGUACGCGCCCACGAUUGCGAAUAUUAACUGUCCUGCGGGGGGAACGUGCGAUGUUUAUUUCUCGGGAUGGUCGGUCAAGGCGGCGAGUGGGACCGCGAAGUAUUUGUGUGCGAAUAUUGAUAAUUCGAAUCCGGGUAUUACGUGCAGCUCUGGGGCCUCGGGUUGA